AAGGAGCUGGUGUGCGGUCAGCACAUUGAUCCAGUAGACCUACGAGAGCUGUGUUUGAACCUUCGCAGAAAACUCCACGAUCAACAACAACAACAACAACACUUUCUCACGCACAACACUACCUCACUUGAUGCUGCCCAGCCUCCCAGUAAGAGAAACAGACCAACCCCAGGUGGUGGGUGUCCGCCAAUGUCAUCUCCAUCAUGUCGCUACCAGCUGAGGUCGCCACAGCAACGCAAGAGCCCCCGACAACUCACGCAGCGCAACUCCCCCAAAUCCAACCCUCCUCCACAAAUUUCCGAAUCUCCUGCUGCAACUUUAAUCUCUCCUUCUUCUUGUUCUUCUCCGACAGAGGGUGUGGGAGGUGAGGUGGCCAAGUCGUGGCAGAGUUUGCCAGAGUCAGCAUUUGAUCUGCUGGAGCGCUGCUUGGAGUUGAAUCCAUUGAGGAGACUGUCUGCUGCAGAGGCCCUCCAGCACCCUUUUCUAGCAGACGUAGUCAGAUAGUAUGCCCGGGUAA